AUGUUAACCAUGUUUAAUUACGACUUGAAGUUUUUAACAAACGACGAAUCUCUGUAUUUGAAGAGCAGUGACUUUAAAAGUUUCAAAUACGAAACCAAGAAAAAACUUGAAGAAUCGUUACAUGAUAUAGCAAAAAGAAAUUAUUAUGAACGUCGCGGAGGAUACUGGCGAUCUUCUAAACUCCGACAAUUGCGACAAUUAGAAUCUAAACUUCAUGAUAAAAGUAUUGUUUUAUGUAAAUGGAUUAGUGACUCCCUAGUCGCCAUAGUAUUUUCUUCAGGGGUCAUAGCUUAUAUUACAGUUAAAUGUGAUACUCUUGAUGUAACACAGAUACUCUUUGAUAGAUAUUGUAUUGGAAAAUUGAAUAGUCAGACAGUAAUAUCAGUUGUUUUAUGUAAAAAGCUUUUAUUAUUUACACAUGCAGAAAAAGUAGCCACCUUAGUUACUUUUGGAAAAAAUGUUGAUAAUCAUUUGCCAUGUCAAAUAUCUGAUCUAGAGCCUCAUGUGCAAACUGUAGAACUUGGUGGAAUUUCUCGAAGAACGGAAAGACAUGUAUCAUGGUGUGAAAAUCCAAAUUAUGUUAGGAUUUUGGUUUGGGGUGCAGCUAUAUCUGAACCAGCUCCAUGGAGUCCAGUGCUUGAAGAUCAUGCAAAUUUACAUUUGUAUCAGAUAACUGGCCAUCAAGUUACUUUAAUAGCAUAUCAUCAGCUGGAAAAUGAAGUGUUAUUUGCUGAAUUAUCACAUAAGCAUGAUCAUAUUGUUCAUGUUGCAGAGCAAAUUUCCUGUCACAAGGUUGGAGUAAGUCUAAUGUGGGUUCGGUAUGAAGUACCAACGAACAACCGAGUGAUAAAGUUGUCAUCCCUAUGUGAGAAUGUAACCAGAGUGUCCCUGCCGGCGCCCGCGAAGAUGGUGAGGCGCUCCCAGUGUGACGCAAAGCUCCUUAUAGCGUGCAUAGAUGCUUCCAUACAUGUAGUACAUCAUACUGUUGGACUGACGCAUUCUACUAGAGCUGGAUUUAUAGCAGCAGACGUGCGGUGGGUGGGCGAGCUGGUGGUGGCGGCGGAGGAGGCGGGCCGCCUGCAGUGCUUCGACCGCGCUCUGUCACUACUACAUCAUCAUACCAAGUGUCUCGACCUGACGUCCUAUAUGAGGGAAGCAAAACGCAUGCAAAUCCUGGCGACUCGCAGCGUGCCCGGCGCCCCGCUCAUACUGGCGACGUUCGCGGGCGGACCCCUCGCCUUACUGAAGAUAACACACGCGCGACUGCUAUCUGCAUGGAUACGUUCAGGACGCACAGCCAACGCAGUGGCACUCCUACGAGCACUGGACUGGGGGGAGGAGGGUGCGGAGUGCCUGCGCGCGGUGGGCGACGUGGUGCGGCACGCGCUGCGACGUGCGCACGACGCCGAGGCCGGCGUGCAACUGGCGCUGGGCGCGUACCUGGCGCCGGCCGCGCCACUCCCCCCCGCCGCGGACAAGUACGCCCCCGCGGUGCACGAUCUUGCUAGAAAGUUCUUUCAUCAUUUGCUUAGGCGCGGUCGCAUAGAGAAGGCGCUGUCGCUGGCGGUGGACCUGGGCGCGUGGGACCUAUUCGCGGACGCGCGCUGGGCGGCGCGCCGGCGCGGCGCCGCGCGGCUUGCCGGCGAGGCCGCGCGCGCCGCCGCCUACUACGCCAGCCAGGGCGACCACAAUUCAGAGUGUUCAGAUUCCUGCUCUCAAUGCAGUUCAAAUUCGUACACUGACUCUGAAGAUUCAAGUUCACCUAAAGUCAAAACUAACCCACCGCCCCUGCCAAGGGUGCCGUUACCACCAUCUAUCCUCACAGUACCCAUAAAUCAAAUGGACACAUACACCACAACCAGCAUCCGACCAAACCUACACCAGUACUUGGACCGAGACAACAGUAUUUGGUCCAAAAAUGUCAAAGAUGACACCUAUCUCACAGUACAUAAACGAGAACAUUUAAAACCAAUCAAUGGGCAAAGUAUGAGAUGGAAUAGUAUGGAUAAUGUACUGAACAUUCAAAGACCUAAAACUUUAAUGUUGCAAACGAAACCAGUGAACAGUGUGUUGGAUGUCGUCACUCGAAACGAUCAAGAGAGGAUCGCGUCGCAUUUUAAAAUGUUGUACCAAAAUGAAGAGAAGGAUGAAGCAAGUGAACGCUUUAUACCGAAUGUGCCAUCUACCAACAACCUUAAUGGAAGAUAUCGACAAGAUAACUUUUGGUCUGGAGUGAAACCAGAGAAGAACAAAGUGAAGUUUUCAGACACGGUGACUAUUGCUGUUGUUCCCGAGUCUCCGGCACCGGACCCGGCGCACGAGCUGGCGGAGAGCCUGCCGCUGUGCGCGCCGCACAAGUACCUGGCCGCGUUCGCGCAGGCGCCGCCCGCCGCGCCCGCGCCCGCGCCCGCCGAGAACGCAGUUCAGAAGCCACCAAAAAUAAAAGUUGUACAUUUUGGAAUGGUG